GCGCGCCUCACAUGAACGAGCAAACUCUCUCCCGUGUAUCGAUGAAGCUGGUUGAAACAUGGCGGACUUCCUGCCGACCCGAACCGUGCUAAACCAGUGCUUCCCAGUUUGCCUGCUUUCCAGCACCGAGGUUGAACAGCUGAGGAAAUCUAAGGAGAUUGACAAAAGUCUUUCCCGAGACAAAACCUACGCGGAACGACUAGUAAAGAUACUUUUACUGGGCGCGGGCGAGAGCGGCAAAUCCACUUUCCUCAAACAGAUGAGGAUCAUCCACGGGCAGGACUUCGACCAGCAAGAUCGUGAAGAGUUCCGGGCAACAAUUUACAGCAAUGUUAUCAAAGGUGUGCGUGUGUUGGUGGACGCACGGGAGAAGCUUCACAUCCCUUGGGGUUCCCCUGACAACCAGGUGCACGGAGACAAUGUGAUGUCAUUCGACACACGGUCUGUGAUGAUGGCGAACGGCCAGGUGGAGACGAGCGUGUUUCUCAAGUACCUGCCCUCCAUCCAGGUCCUGUGGGCCGACAGCGGAAUACAACAGGCCUACGACAGACGCAGGGAGUUCCAACUGGGUGAGUCUGUGAAGUAUUUCUUGGACAAUGUGGAGAUGCUGGGGGAGCAGAGCUACAUCCCUUCCCAGCAGGACAUCCUGCUAGCCCGCAAGCCCACUAAAGGCAUCCAUGAGUACGACUUUGAGAUCAAGAGUGUUCCCUUCAAGAUGGUGGACGUGGGAGGACAGCGCUCAGAGAGACGACGGUGGUUUGAGUGUUUUGACUCUGUCACCUCCAUACUGUUCCUAGUGUCUUCUUCAGAGUAUGACCAGGUCUUGAUGGAGGACCGACAGACCAACCGUCUGAGAGAGUCAUUGAACAUCUUUGAAACGAUAGUCAACAACCGAGUCUUCCUCGCUGUCUCCAUCAUCCUCUUCCUCAACAAGACUGACCUCCUGGAGGAGAAGGUCUCGAACAUUUCGCUGAAGAAAUACUUUCCAGAGUACACGGGGCCGGACCACAGCCUGCCGGACGUCCAGAAGUUCCUAGUGGACUGUUUCCGGGGGAAGAGAAGAGAUGCGACACAGAAGCCCCUCUACCACCACUUCACCACAGCCAUCAACACAGAGAACAUCCGCCUGGUGUUCCGAGAUGUCAAGGAUACCAUCCUCCACGAAAACCUCAAACAGCUUAUGCUCCAGUGACCUAUGACCACUAGAGAGGACCUGAGAGGAACCAGCCUCCGAGAGAACCCCAGAGAGGACCUCUUCUCCCGCCUAAAAGAAGACCUGAUUGAGGACUGCUCUCACCUUCAAAAGAGGACCGGAUUGAGGACCCCAGUGCCUUGGGGAGGACCUUGAUGUUCCACUUUUGUUGUUUCAAUGGUUUUAUUUGGUUUUUACUGCACUGUGUUGAGUGGAUGGUCUAUAGACUGCUCUGAGGUCAGUUUGACCUUUUAGGAGCCAGGGACAUGAUUGAACGCUGGAUAAUAAGCACUGUCCUUGGACCAGUUUUGAAGCCUGCCAUGCUGUCAUAGCCCCUCUCCUGUCCACUGAUCUGAGACCUGUGAGACUGACAGAAACCACAAUGCGUUAAUACAACAACGUCUUAAUAACCCUUAAUCACUGUGUGUGUGUGUGUGUGUGUGUGUGUGCGUGCGCACCCUGCGCUAUCUGUGUAUACCUGUUUUGGCAUUAGCUAUCAUGUAAUCAAUCAUGUCUUUAUAGUCAAUACAUUUUAACGUGUGUAUACAGUUUACAAAUUUCUACCUUUCUAUUCCCAGGUAGUUCACAUGUAAUUCUGCUGUAAGGACACAACACACAUACUUGGACAGUUAUCUAGUAUUGUUAUCUCAGGGUUGGAUGGAGGUACCGCUACAAAGGAUGGCCUUAUUGUGUUAUUAUUGUAAUAAACAGUCUGUCCAUAGGGCUGUAGUCUGUCUAUACCCUCAAAUUCAAAUCUGGACCUCCACUGCUUUUAAAUUUGUAUUCUUCCCCCUCUAAUCAGGGACUGAUUUUAGACCUGCGACACCACAUGGGUGCAAUUAAUGAUCAGGUAGAACAGAACCAGCAGCACUCCGUACCUCGUAGGGUCAGAGUUGAAAACUCCUGGUCUAUAGUGUAUAUCCCAGGUUGAAGCUUUCGAUUCUUUUUGUUAAAUGUCUUCCUGUGAGAACCUGUUCUGGGACGUAUUCACUAAGCAUGAAGCGGAAGAAAAAGGGCUGAAACAGGGAUGUACUAUCUGAACUUGUCCAAUAAGAAACACUUGUUUUCUUUUUCCAUUGCACAAUGUUUUGAAACAUUUUUCUACAGUGUGCCCUAACGGACCAGAAAAGCAGAGGGGGCAUGUCUCAGACCCUGGGCUACAGUACAUUAAUUUGGGGCGCAAGGUUCCAGAACUUUCAGGCAGAUUCGUAUGCGUGUUCAUUUCUGUCUGAACUUUCUAUAAUGUUUUUGCCCCCACGGAACGUGGCCCAGGUUACCACGACAAGUUAAAGGUACCGCCUCCUCCUUCCCUUCCCAUUGGUGGCCUUGUAAAGGGACUUGUGUUAUUAGUCAGUGAGGUUGUCUGUCUAAUGGAUGUGAUCAUGUUUAUAGUUGUACAGACUGACUCAAAUGUAUCUUUUAGUUUCAAAUAUGACAGAUUAGUUUGUUUGUUUUCAUGUCCAUACUGUAACCUGUUGUUGAUGACAAUAGUGUGUGUAUAGGUAUGCCAACACUGUAAGAUACGCCACCUCAUAGGGCUGAGAGACAGCUAGAGACUGACUCCAGAUUAGCGUUUUGAACGUUUCUCUCCUACCACGUCACACUGCCUUUUAUAUGACUGUAUAAAGAUCGACUGUCCUAGUUUCUCUAGUUCCGGAGAUUACGUGUCUGUCUUUCCACUGUGCCUCGCUCUGGCCUUGUACAGACUGACGCCUGGGCCUAGUUUCUCUAGUUCCGGAGAUUACGUGUCUGUCUUUCCACUGUGCCUCGCUCUGGCCUUGUACAGACUGACGCCUGGGCCUAGUUUCUCUAGUUCCGGAGAUUACGUGUCUGUCUUUCCACUGUACCUCGCUCUGGCCUUGUACAGACUGACGCCUGGGCCCAGUUUCUCUAGUUCCGGAGAUUACGUGUCUGUCUUUCCACUGUGCCUCGCUCUGGCCUUGUACAGACUGACGCCUGGGCCCAGUUUCUCUAGUUCCGGAGAUUACGUGUCUGUCUUUCCACUGUGCCUCGCUCUGGCCUUGUACAGACUGACGCCUGGGCCCAGUUUCACAAAACCUUUUAGAAGACAUUUCUUAAGUGCCAUUUUUUCCCCCUUAACUUUAUACGUAUUAAAAUGUGCUGUUCCUCAAUAAGGUUAUUGCAAAUGUCCUUAAGUUUCUUCCUAAGAAAAUAGUUCAAAAUAAAUUUGAUUCUUGAAAAGGAAGUUAUUGGAUUUCUUCUUGUAAUUCCAAGAUGGCUAUAGUAAACACUUGUCUUAAACUCAUGGAAGUGAGAAAAUAAGCUAAUGAAAGCAAUUGAACAUGUUUAUUGACUCUACUGAAACUUUCAGUUGGAUUUGUUUUAAAUCCAAUAAAACAUUUUAGACCAGUAAUCUCGGUAAGAAAUAUGCUAACAUGAUUGCCCUUGCUAGAUAGCUCUGUUGCCUAGCGACAAUCAUUUUAGGAAGAUAUUUAAGAAGUCCAUUUGAGUUCUUAUGAGCUUAUUUAUUUUUCAAAAAGCUUAAGUUUUUGCAUAACUUUUGUAAAACUGUGCCCUGAUGCCUUAGUUGUAAUCUAAAACUGUUUACUUCCAUGUUUAAAUGAUUCAACAACAAAAUCACUGUUUCACGGUUGGCCUUGUCAAUGAACAUAUGUUUCUUUCUCUUAACAAUCUGCAUUUUUUUUAUAUGCCACUAAUUUUUACAAUAAAACACUUUUUCUAAUAAA